AUGUCCUUUCCGCCACCUCCAGGUCUCAGACAAGCCCCGUCAUCUCUCCCUCCCCGGCCGCCGGCGACAGCAAGUGCUGCCUCACCAUCUACCUUUCAACCUGCAUACUCGGCGGCACCGUCAGGCGCAAACAGCAGCUAUGGCGGAAACGGGUCUCGACCGGGCUACAGCGCCAUCACAGCAUUCCAGCCUCGCUCGGUAGCUUCCAGUCAAUCUUACCGUACCAGCAGCCCUGUCGUGUCUGCUCCGCCUACUACAUCUAGUGGAUAUUCGACACCGACCACGGGCAGUUACGGUGGCUACUACCCUCAGGCGCAAGCGUCAUAUCAAAGCGGCCCUUCUUACUACGGGGCCGCCCAGUACAAUGAUAACACAUACGGUCCGUCUGUACCUCGAAUUCAAAACCCCUUCACGCCAGCAGGAGGCGAUCAGUCUGGCGCCUAUGGCAUGCGUGGGAGGAACUUUGGCCGGAAUGAAUCGGGGCUGGACCCUGAAACGGAAGCCCAGAUUGCACAGUGGCAGAGUGCCUACGUAAACAAGGAGGAGAUGCCCGUAGCCGGCAAGGUCCCUGGUCGCCCGGGUGUCAACCCGGGUGUUGCUGGUCCCGCUUCUGGUGCCAAUACCCCAUCCGGUUCCAAUACAGCGGCUAACACGCCAGCACCCACCGUGGGUAACCCGGAGCCUGCUCCGAAGACUGUGGUUCGUGCCGGAGGUGGUCAGACCUGGUCCGAUUCGACCCUCCUUGAGUGGGAUCCCGCACACUUUCGCUUGUUUGUAGGCAACCUGGCUGGAGAGGUCACGGACGAUUCGCUACUCAAGGCAUUCUCCAAGUACACCUCCGUUCAAAAGGCCCGAGUAAUCCGCGACAAACGUACCCAGAAGAGUAAAGGUUACGGCUUCGUCAGCUUCAGCGACGGCGACGACUAUUUCAAGGCCGCGAGAGAGAUGCAGGGCAAGUACAUUGGCUCGCAUCCGGUUCUGCUCCGACGAGCCACCACGGAGGUCCGACCCGUGUCCAACACGAAAAAUGGGAAGAAGCAUGGCGGUGGCGGCGGUUCGGGUGGUGGCUCCGGCAGUGGUAAGGUCAAGCAUGAUGGAGUCAAAAAGCAUGGAAAGACCAAGGGAGGACUCAAGAUUAUCGGAUGA